UUACGCAGCUCCGUAACUAUGCCUGCCAUCACUGUACCUGGAUGAGACGGUUCUGCAUCCAGCUGUGUUCUCGCGCACCGUACCGAAGCGUGUCAGGCGCGACCCAGGACAAUAUUCAGCGGCGGCUGCCUCCCCGUUAACCGUGAAGGUUGUCGAAAAAAAGAUACAGGUGUCCCCCGGGACCCGGUUGCUGCCUGGCAAUGAGAAGAGAGGGGCUCUCCGCAUCUGUUGCCUGGGUGAAUUCAUUAACACGUUAGCAUCCAGCUAGCUAGCCAUAUUCCAAGGUACCUGACACAACGAACUGUACGUUAAGUUACACCGAAAAAGCACGAAUGUCAUGUCUCGUCUCUAGUGGACAGCGCUCGACAUGAAUCUUCAGUAAAUACCGGGUACGGUUACGGGGCGAUAUAUUACGUUCAGAGAAAAAGACGGACCUAAAGGUGUGGGAAUGGGUUUCAUGAAAUGCUAGAUAGCUAACGGUAGCUAGCAGGCUAGCUGCAUGGAAACACAGUUGUAGGCUAUGCGGCUGCUGCUGCAGAGCGUAGCUUGUAGCUGCAAACCCUGCUAGCUACAAUGGACUGUUUGUUUCCCAUUAAGCCUGACGUUGUCUCAGAUAGAUAAAUACAAUGAUACUACUACUUUCGAUAGGCAGCUAGAAGGGCGACGCGACAAUGGAGUCUUUCCUGCAGAUUGCUCCUCAUUCCCUGGCUAUAGUGCUGUCCAGGGUCGGGGCUGGGGAGGCGGUGGGGGCGGCCGGGGUGUUAGAGAGCGACGCGCUGCCAAGACACCACACCGGCUACGAAAUUUUUGCCGAUUUCAAAGCAGAAAAUACCCAGCAACAUGUCUGGAACCAGAGGAUUACCGAGGCGGUGUCCGAGACCUUCUUCCUGGGAUGGAUAGAUGAACAUGUGUUGCUGAUCCAGGGGAAGGAGGACCACCUGGAGGUGCUGAGGGAGGGAUGGAUGCGGAGGUCCCUCAAUCCGCCACGGGGAUUCACCAUCAAAUACCUGGGUGAUGUGUCGCCAAUCAGUAUGUCCCCCAUCAGCCAAUCCCAGUUCAUCCCUUUGGGAGAGGUAUUGCUAUUGGCUAUCUCUGCUAUGAACUCCGCCCACAAGCCUGUCACUCAGGAGGCCCUAACUGAACACCUGCAGACAUGUUUUCCAGGUGUUCCCACACCAACGGAGGAGGUUCUGCACCACACGCUAGGCAUGCUGGUGCGUGAGCGGAAGAUCUACCCGACACCCGACGGAUAUUUUAUUGUGACCCCUCAGACUUACUUCAUCACUCCGAGCCUGAUCCGAACCAGCUCCAAGUGGUACCACUUAGACGAGCGAUCCGCCGACCGACACCAACAGCAGCAGCAUCAGAACCAACAGCAGCAUCAGCAGACGCAGUGCACCUCCCCUCUCUCUGGCACCAUCACCCCGUCCACCUCUGGAGCCGUGCGAGAUCGAACACACCCAAAGUCCAGCCAAAACCACAGUGCGGGGGGCGGAGGAGGGGAUUCUUUUUACAACAACAGUUACCGUGGAGACGACCCUCCCAGCCACCACACCACCCUGCAGCGUCGAUCUCCCAAGGACCACCGGGAGGCGUACUCGUCCCCGCACUCCCCGCAAACACCUCCUCAGCUAGCAGGAGGCAACACAGAAAAGAGUCGCAGCACCCUUGGGUUCCCCUUCAAGACGGAUACGCUCACCAAGCACCGAAGCGGGGGAGGAGGAGGGGGAGGGGGAGGAGGAGGAGGGACAGGAGGGACAGGAGAGACAGAGAAACAAGCAGGUGGGGGAAGUGGUACAGGAAGUCGGAAAUUUGGUUUAAAGCUGUUUCGUCUGAGCUUUAAGAAGGACAAGGCCAAGCAGCUGGCCACCUUCUCUGCACAGUUCCCCCCUGAGGAGUGGCCGCUCCGCGACGAGGAGGCACCCAGCCAGCUGCCACGCCAGGUAGAGAUGGAGAUCAUCCGCAGAAUCAACCCUGAUCUCACUGUGGAGAACCUCGCCCGGCACACAGCGGUCAUGAAGCGCCUCGAAGAGGAGCGUGCCCAGAGGAGCAAAGCGUCGUCGGCCAAUCAGAGCUCCAGGAGUAGGAGAAGUGGGGGGAGACACAGGAAACCAUCUCAGACCAAACUCAGCCGCUCACAUAGCAAGACGAGGGCAUCCCGCGGUGAGCCAAGCGACGGCUCACACCUGGAGCUUACCGACAGGGACUACAGAGCCUACUCGUCCUCACUGGCUCGAUCACCAAGGGAACACGCCCUGGCCAUGGAGCGGCAACGGGCCCGCCUCCACCUGGCACACAGCAACCCCAACAUCCUCGACUCCUCCCACCUACCUGUCACGCCAGAGUGGGAUGUGUCCGGAGAGCUUGCCAAGCGGCGCACCGAAAUGCCUUUCCCCGAGCCAAGCCAUGGCCCGUCAGCCCACCACUCCAAAGUCCACCGCUCGCACUCCCACACCCAGGAGAGGAAGUCUAGGAACGAACGCAGUGACAAGGCCAAGGAACGCUCCAGAUCCAUGGACAAUUCUAAAGGACCACUUGGAGCUGGGUUGAUUGGACCACCCGAUUAUUACGACGAGCGGAGCCGUUACUAUACUGACGAUGGCACCCUGCGAGCCAACCAGAGCUCUUCUCACUACUCUCGAGCCACCCCACCCUCAGCUAAACUGCCUGUGGAUUCUCUGGGGUUGGAUGGUGGCAGGAGUUUAGAGAAGAGUAAGAGCAGGGACAGCCUGCCAGCAUACUCGCCCAAACCACUGCUCACCGCUGUCCCUCCUGAUGAUUACUUCCAAUGUGCAGGUUCCUCCGAGCCUGCUCUUACAGCAGCAAACCCAAUGGGAACUCUAGGCAAAAGUAGCCAUGAUGGAUUAAAACUAGGCAGUGCUGACAGGCAAACAGACAGACAGACACCCCAUCCUUUAGAAAAUAAGGAGGACUUGUCAAAGGUGGGACCUAAGGGUGGCAGCCUGCCUCCAAUACCCCUCUCCAUUCCUGACCCACCACUUCCUAAUGGACGCCCUCCCCACAGUGCCUCCUCUGGUCAGGAGAAACGUAAGGAGAUCUUUAGUAAAGACACACUCUUCAAACCUCCUCCUAGCCUCCCUUUGCCCGGCUACAGCUCCCUGAGAAAACCCCAAGCCCUCGCCUCCUCUACUCUGUCCUCGUCCUGUGAUGCACUUGAUUCCCAGGAGGCCUUUGACGCUCCCAAACCUCUGGUGGCUACACCGCCUGCUCCCCCACAGGGGAUUGAACCCUCUACCAGUGCUGCAGAGGCUUCCUUUGACUACUACAAUGUCUCAGAUGACGAGGAACUCGAGGAGGGGGGGACUAAAAGUCGAGGAGAGGACGAAAAGGCUGGAGGAGGGGUUGUUGGCAUGGGAGGAGGUGGAGCAGGGACCAUGCAGUGGCUGCUGGAGAGAGAGAAGGAAAGGGAUCUACAGAGGAGGUUUGAAAGAACCCUCACCUUCCCUGGUGCUAAAGAGAACCUUCCAGAGCCCAGUCAGAACCAGCAGUCAGCCCACUCUGCUCGACUUGACAGUAUGGACUCCAGCUCCGUCACUGUCGACAGUGGAUUCAACUCACCGCGGACAAGAGAGAGCCUAGCGUCCAACACCUCUUCCAUCGUGGAGAGUAACCGUCGACAGAACCUGGCGCUGAGUCCCGGGCAUCUCGGCAUCACUGCCGGCACGGGCCCCCCCUUCUCCUUUCGCGCCAUCCCAGAACCUUCCGGCACCCAACAGGAGAAGCUCCAGAAGCCCAGCGCUUGCCUUGCGUCAAUCACCAGCGUCUAGGGGCAGAACUAAGGGCUGGGCGAAGCGCCGAGAGAGCCGGUGGAGAGGGCCCCCCGAGGACUGUUACAUCUUCAGACUGACUGAAUCAGUGGAGCUGCCACAGGCCCACUGUGGAACUAUAGCUAUUAACACGCGCACACACACACACACGCACACACACACACUUGAACACAUACAUACAGAGAAAUUUAGACCACCACAAAACUACUCUCUUUCUCUCUCUCACACACAGACAUAAUACACACCAGGCCACUGGGCAGACUCUGACCAUGUCAUUCUACAGCCUCUAGUUUACACACUGCUGUUGUGUUGUUUCACUUUCACGUGGGUUCUUGUGUGUGUGUGUGUGUGUGUGUGCGUGUGCGUGGGCUAUGUUUGUAUAAUCUGUAAUCUCAGGUCAUGUUAUUUCCACUCUCAUUCCAGCUGCUCCAGAUAAGCGCAUCUCCCUCUAGUGGUGUCUCCUGGUAUUAGACACUGAAGAGAUGCAGCUCUGCUGACUACUGUUACUAAUGGUACACACAUUCUCACUGAUCCAGCUACUCACUUGUCUCCGUUAGGCUCUUCUCUAAUUUCACCAUUGGCAGACACCGUGUAAGGUGCAGUGCCACAA